UCCUGCUGGUUCUCCUGCUGGUUCUUCUGCUGGUUCUCCUGGUUCUCCUGCUGGUUCUCCUGCUGGUUCUUCUGCUGGUUCUCCUGGUUCUCCUGCUGGUUCUCCUGCUGGUUCUCCUGCUGGUUCUCCUGCUGGUUCUCCUGGUUCUCCUGCUGGUUCUCCUGCUGGUUCUCCUGCUGGUUCUCCUGCUGGUUCUCCUGCUGGUUCUUCUGCUGGUUCUUCUGCUGGUUCUCCUGGUUCUCCUGCUUGUUCUCCUGCUGGUUCUCCUGCUGGUUCUCCUGCUGGUUCUCCUGGUUCUCCUGCUGGUUCUCCUGCUGGUUCUCCUGCUGGUUCUCCUGCUGGUUCUCCUGGUGAGCAGCCAUGCUGGGACGGACGGGAGCCCUCAGUGGUCGUUGCAGGUUUGAGCUUCAUCAGUGCUGCUAUCUCUCCUCCUCUGCGCCGCCCCCUGAACUCCCCAGACUCCAUUACCCAGCAGGCAGUGGGAGCAGGAAGUACAGGGCAGAGCAGGAGGUGGGACCAAUGAGUCCAGCUCAGAUCAGUCGCAUCCUAAAGGCCAACGAGUAUAGCCACACCCUCCCCCGAGGCCCCGCAUCCCAUGGGGUUCUUGGUUUCCAUAGUAACAUGUUGCCAUCCAACCACCCUGGUGAGGACCGCCGGAGCAGCGCCACCUGCCUUCCAGGCCGCGGCGGCGUGCUCUUUGGCGUGUUUGACGGUCACGCUGGUCCAGCGUGCGCUCACGCCGUCAGUCAGAGGCUCCUCUAUUACAUCGCCGUGGCAACGCUGCCGCUGAGGACGCUGGCCGAGCUCGAGCGGGCCGUGGAAGAGGAACGGGCCGUACCGCCGCUGCUGGAGUGGCACAAAUACCCCCAGGAUCAUCCCGACGGAGGAGCGAGCUUCUUCCACAGCCUCCGACACUACUGGCAGGAGCGUCUGGAGGACGAAGAUGAUGAAGAGGAGGAGGAGGAGGCGGAGCCUGAGGAGGAUGGCGGGAGGGUGAUGUCGGCGCUGGUCAACGCUUUUCGUCGUCUUGACUACGACAUUUCUGUGGAGGCUCAAGUCCACCUGUCCAUGUCCUCACCCAGGCGUUUGUCUCUUCCCGGGGAGGGGCUGUCUGUGUCCUCGCCGCUCCGCGUGGCGCUGUCAGGCUGCACGGCCUGUGUCACCCACAUCUCCAAUGGCGUCCUGCACGUCGCCAACCUGGGAGACAGCCGGGCCGUCCUCGGCGUCCAGGAGUCAGACGGGAGCUGGUCGGCGGUCAGCCUCAGCAACGACCAUAAUGCACAGAACCCGGAUGAGCUGCAAAGGAUUCUGGGAGAACACCCGCCAUCGGAGUGGAGGACGGUGGUCCGUCACGACCGCCUGCUGGGUCUGCUGCUGCCGUUCAGGGCGUUCGGUGACGUCCGCUUCAAAUGGAGCGCAGAGAUGUUGAACCGGGUUUAUGAAACCCGACCGGACUUGAUGUCUGUAGUCAGUGAGGCGGUCCGGACUUCCACCCUGCAUUACCUGACCCCGCCCUACCUGAGCGCCCAACCUGAGGUCACCCGACACAGAAUCAGACCCUCCGACAAGUUUCUGGUCCUGGCGACUGACGGACUCUGGGAGCUGAUGCACCGACAGACCGUGGUGGAGCUGGUGGGAGAACAGCUGACAGGUCUUCAACAGCAAGGACCCAUAAUUCCCGGCGCUGGAACGACACUGGGCGGCCUGCAGCGCCUCCUGUUGGAGAGGAAGGGGCGGGUUCUGUCUGUACUGGAGGACCAGAACGCCACCACCCACCUGCUCCGCCACGCCCUGGGGGAUGACGGGUACGGAUCGGUGGCUCCAAACCGUCUGGCCAAGAUGCUGAGUCUGCCCACAGAUCUGGCCAGGAGGUACCGUGAUGACAUCACCAUCACCGUCAUCCAGCUGAACGAGGUCUAA